AUGGCAUAUCCAGAAAAAUCUCGUUUGAGGAGAUCCUUCAGUGAGCAUAUCAAGGACUCAACCAACAAAGCAUGGGAUGUAUUCUGGAAGAGCGCGAGAGAAAAACGCUUAUCAGAAAUUGAAGCCAAAGAAGCCUGUGACUGGCUGAGGGCUGCUGGUUUCCCCCAAUAUGCUCAGUUAUUUGAAGACAUGCAGUUUCCUAUCGACAUCAAAACUGUGAGGAAAGAUCAUGAAUUUUUAGAUCGAGAUGCUAUUGAUUCUCUGUACAGACGGUUAAAUACACUGAACAAGUGUGCAGCAAUGAAAGUGGAAAUAAGUCGUCAGAGAAAACGGAGUGAUGAAUCUGAAGACGAUGAACCUUGUGCAAUAAGUAACAAAUGGGCUUAUGAGAGGUGCAGCCAGAGAUGGUCUCGCCUGGAGAGCAUAGAAGGUUUCCCUGAAAAAGAGUCUAGUGCAUCAGUCCCAGACAGUCCAAGACUUAAGAGCACUGGUAGUGAGGAGAUAUCCUUUUCAGACCAAGGAGAGAAGCAUGAUGUGUCUUCAAUUCACAGUACUAGCAGUGGGGACAGUGACAUUAUCAGCUUCCCUAAGACUUUUGAGGAUGUUGAGACCAGCACUAGUUCUUCAAGGUGUUCAUCAAGUAAACUGGCCUCUCCUGACUCUACUUUUAGUUGUUCUCCUUCUCCUAGUGAGUUCUUAAAUAUCAUCAGCGAGGAGAAGCUUUUGGAUAAGCCACCACAAAAAAAGGGGAAGAGCUUUCUAAAGAAAAUGGAGAAACUGCGCAUAAGGAGUUCCAGUGUAAAGAGAGCUGCUCAGUCAAAGGCCAAACCCACUAUUGGUGAACCUGUUCUUCUGGAGGGACUGGACGAAGAGAAGCUGAAGAACCUUAAUUCUGUAGAUAUUUGUGACCUAUCUGACAGCCAGAUGAAAAAGAAUUCUUCCUAUUCUCCCCACACUUGCAGCAGCAGCAGCAGCCAGUCUGAAACCAGCAGCACAGUGAGCACUCCGAGUCCUGUUAUCAAAGUCAGGAGCUACGUUAAACGGGGAGGCGUGUAUGCGGAGGACUCUGACUCCAGCAAGCUCUCUCUGUGGAACGAUGUAUCUGAGCAAAACUUCAAAAAUGAAAUCAAUUUGCAUGCGAACCAAAUGUUUCACGUACCACAAGGCCAUAAGCCUGGGACUUUCCCCAAAGCACUUACAAACAGUUUCUUAUCUCCAACAGACAACACUUCUGUGAACUGGAGAACUGGAAGCUUUCAUGGAUGUAGGCGGAACAGAAUUAGAACUAGUUCUAAAGAAUCUGAGACCCCUCUGAGUCCUCUAUCGUUUAUAGAUAACAGGAUGAGUAUCUAUGACAAUGUGCCCAGCAUUCCUGUUCAUCUUCAUAAGAUGGAGACGCCGGAAAUUAGUGACGACGAUGUUUUUUCAGAACUAGACAAUGUUAUGGAACAUGUCAAUGGGCUCAGAAAGUUGGUCAAUCAGUGGACUGAGAAGUUCUCAGAUGAUGGAGACUCUGAUUUUGCGAAUGACUCAACCUCUCCGUGUCCAUCUUCCCCUAAAGAAAUCCACCUUGAGAUAAAAAAGCAUUCAGCGGAGAAAUUGGCAGAUCUACCAGCUGCUGAUGGAAAACAGAACUGCAAGCAUGGCAAUGACCUUGAUUCCCCAGAACUGGCAUAUAUAACCGAUUCAGAGAUGGGAUCAUCAUUAUCACAUUCCAACAGACAUGAGAGGCGACACUGGUCUGCAGAGGAGACUGUAAACUUGGAAAGCCUUUCUGUACAAAUUGAUAACCAGUCAGCAGCCCACCUAAACCGAAUACAGAAACUGGCUUUGUUGAAACUCACUGCUUUAAUGGACAAAUACUCUCCUUCCAGUAAACAGGGCUGGAACUGGACCGUUCCGAAGUUCAUUAGAAAAAUCAAAGCCCCUGACUAUAAGGACAAAAAUGUAUUUGGGGUCCCAUUACUGCUAAAUGUUCAGCGAACAAGCCAUCCACUUCCAAAGAGCAUUAUCCAGGCCAUGGAGUACUUAAGAAGCCACUUUCUUGACCAGGUUGGCCUGUUCAGAAAAUCAGGCGUUAAAUCUAGGAUCCUUUCUUUAAGGGAAAUGAAUGAAAAUGACCCAAACAAUGUAACGUAUGAAGGGCAAUCGGCGUUUGAUGUGGCAGAUAUGGUAAAGCAGUAUUUCCGAGAUCUUCCUGAGCCUAUAUUCACUAGCAAGCUUUGUGAAUCCUUCCUCCACAUCUAUCAGUAUUUGCCAAAGGAUCAACAGUUUCAUGCAGUCCAGGCUGCCAUUCUUCUGCUCCCAGACGAAAAUCGGGAAGCUCUGAAAAUUCUUCUCUUCUUUCUCCGAGAUGUAGUUGCUUUUGUUGAGGAAAACCAGAUGACUCCGACCAACAUUGCAGUCUGUCUCGCGCCAUCCUUGUUUCAUCUCAAUACUUUAAGGCGAGAGAGUUCAUCAUCAUCUAGGUCCAGCCAGAGGAAGUACAGCCUGGGAAAACCAGACCAGAGAGAUUUGAACGAAAAUCUGGCAGCCACCCAAGGCCUGGCCCACAUGAUCAUGGAGUGCAACAGACUCUUCCAGAUGCCCGACUAUUGCCUGGAUCAGUGUUGUGAUGACUUAUGUGAACAGAAUGGCCUGAGUGAAAAGGCUUCUAAUCAGACCGCCUCAAUGAGGCACUCCAUGCUGGUUUCCCUUGAGAACUCCAUGCAGGACUUACUGCGAGAUGCCAAGGAAAAGUUCAAGAGCUGGGUUACUUCUUCAAACUUGGAACGUGUGGAAUUGGCAAAUAAAAAGGUGGAAGAUAACUACCACGUCCGGUUAUGGAAGGCAUCUACUGAAAUCAAUGCCGCUCCUAAAGUAAUCCUUCAACGCAUACUGACAGAGCAGCAUCUGUGGGACCCAAGUCUGCAGCAGGCUAAAAUCCUAGAGACCUGGGAUGAUGAAACAGAUGUUUAUCACUAUACAACAGAAAGCAUGUCACCCCUCCUGCCGCGGGAUUAUGUGGUUUUGAGGACUUGGAGGACUGAUCCCCAAAGUGGCACCUGUAUUUUGGCAGCUACCUCAGUUGACAGUGAAGGAGCUACUCUGCAUGGGAUUUUGGCCCAUGUCCUUUUGUGUCAGUAUCUCAUAGAACCAGUUGGCUCCCAGAAAUCCAAAGUGACUCACGUCUGCCGGACAGACACGAGGGGACGAACAACAGAAUGGUACAACAGAGUUUUUGGUCAUAUGUGUGCUGCAGAACUGAUGAGGAUAAAAGACUCCUUCAAACCUCUCAGGAACGACACAAAGGAAAUGAAAAUCUAA